CGUAGACUCGCCUCGUCCGCAGCCAACAGGAAAGCCCUCUCUCUGCCCCCCUCUCUCUUUUCACAGCCUAGGCCGAGGUCUUCGAUUCCAACCGGCGGCGGCGAGAUGAAGCUCACCGUGAUGACUGCCGACGAGCAGAUUCUCACCCUCGACGUCGACCCCGACGAAUCCGUGGAGAAUUUGAAGGCGCUUCUUGAGGUGGAGACUCAAGUGCCGUUGCAGCAGCAGCUGCUUCACUUCAAUGGCAAGGAGAUGAACAAUGCUGAGAAGCUCAGCGCAAUCGGAGUCCAUGAUGGUGAUCUUGUAAUGAUGGUCCCUUCCUCCAAUAACAGGACAUCUCAGGAUCAAAUGAGGUUAAAUCCUGACGGGUCAGCUGUAAAUCCUCAAGCCCUCCAACAACAUUUUCGAGGUGAUUCACAGCUUAUGGCACAACUCCUCCAGAAUGACCCUUCAUUAGCACAAGCCAUCCUUGGAGAUGACAUCAAUGCGUUGCAAAAUAUCUUGCGGUCACACCACCAACAAAGACUACAACUAAAGCGCAAACAGGAAGAAGAGCUUGCUUUAAUGUAUGCUGAUCCAUUUGACGUUGAGGCUCAGAAGAAAAUUGAAGCUGCCAUUCGACAGAAAGGCAUCGAUGAAAACUGGGAGGCUGCUAUAGAGCACAAUCCUGAAGCAUUUGGUCGAGUGGUUAUGCUAUAUGUGGAUAUGGAAGUCAACGGGGUACCUUUGAAGGCCUUCGUUGAUAGUGGAGCUCAGUCAACUAUCAUAUCAAAAGAUUGUGCUGAGCGCUGUGGGUUACUCAGGCUCCUUGAUCAGCGUUACAGAGGGGUUGCUAUUGGAGUUGGUCAAUCGGAGAUACUUGGAAGAAUACACGUAGCGCCAAUAAAGAUUGGCCACGCAUUCUAUCCGUGUUCAUUUACAGUAUUGGAUGCUGCCAAUAUGGAAUUCCUUUUCGGGCUUGAUAUGCUGCGAAAACAUCAGUGCAUAAUUGACCUAAAGGACAAUGUUCUUAGAGUAGGAGGUGGUGAGGUGUCAGUGCCCUUCUUACAUGAGAAAGACAUCCCUUCACAUAUACGCGACGAAGAGAAAUUGUCGAAACUAGAACCUCUUAGCAAAGGGACAGCUGGAGAAUCAUCAAAAGCACGGGAGAAGACUCCGGAUGUCCCACUGCGAUCCUCUCCCGCAGGUCCAGCUGUGGUUCCUCCACAGGGAGGAGAUUUUGAAGCAAAAGUCACAAAGCUCGUGGAACUUGGAUUCGACCGGGCAUCUGUUAUACAAGCACUCAAGUUGUGUAACGGUAACGAGGACCAAGCGGCUGGGUUUCUGUUUGGUGGUUAGUCUUGAGAGCAGACCUUUUGCUCAAACCUUUUAUUGGUUUGAACAUUUACACAAAGUGAUCAAGGAUAUAUCAUAUCCUCCCUUUUGAGGAGGAACUAUAACUUUGGUGUGGCCAAAUACAGGCUUAGGCUUUUGGUUUAGGUAUGAUUCGCAUUUCUAUCUUGUGUGAGGAAAAGGAAACAUAGAUUGUAGAUACCUGCGUGCAAACACAUUGAGAAGACCGUUCUUGCAUUUCAUUAUCAUUUAUUUUCCAAUUAUGUGAAGUAUCGCGAACAACAAAAUCAAUCUUUUGCGAAGCAAGAAUGACCCCACCGAUGUAUUUAUACCA